GGGUACCAGCCCGAGCACUGGGGCAUCUCCGGCGCCCCCGAGAGGCUCAGAGCCCGCGGGGGCGUAAACUGCGCUGCGGCACUCGCACUUGCCAGUUGAACGACGGGGGCGGUGGGGCUCCCGGGUGCCCGAGGGCAGGACGCCCCCACUUCUCAGGGGGAGCCUCAACCCCGAGGGUCGCAUAGAGCGAGCCUGCCCCAGCCACGCUGGACCUUGCGCUCAUCCCCCGCGUACCCCACUUCUGCACAAACUUUUCCGACGCCCUCGCCCAGGAGGGUCGCGGUGAGCGCUGGGGCUGCCAGCCGGGCUCCCACCCCACCGAACCCCAGCCACGCUGACCUCCGGCCUCUGGUAGCCUCAGUGGCGACCUCUCCAGGUCGGGCCGGGGACGGCACUUGAGGCGAACGCGGACACCACCGUUGCUCGCCGCGGGCCCCUGCGCCCCCCCCGGGGCAGCCGGGCAGGGUAAUGCCCGCGGUGAUGGAGAAACCGAGUGCGGGCUCCGGGAUCCUGUCCCGCAGCCGGGCCAAGACGGCGCCCAACGGCGGCCAGCCGCCCUCGGAGGAUGACAGCAGCGAGGAGGAGCACUCGCACGACAGCAUGAUCCGCGUUGGAACCAAUUACCAGGCUGUAAUUCCAGAGUGCAAGCCUGAGAGUCCUGCUCGAUACAGUAACAAGGAGCUGAAGGGGAUGCUGGUGUGGUCACCCAACCACUGUGUGUCAGAUGCCAAGCUUGACAAGUACAUUGCAAUGGCCAAGGAGAAGCAUGGCUAUAACAUCGAGCAGGCACUGGGCAUGCUCCUCUGGCAUAAGCAUGAUGUGGAGAAGUCCCUGGCUGACCUGGCCAACUUCACCCCAUUCCCUGAUGAGUGGACCGUGGAGGACAAGGUGCUGUUUGAGCAGGCCUUUGGGUUCCAUGGCAAGUGCUUCCAGCGGAUCCAGCAGAUGCUGCCAGACAAGCUAAUUCCCAGCCUGGUGAAGUAUUACUAUUCUUGGAAGAAGACCCGAAGCCGGACUAGUGUGAUGGACAGACAGGCACGGCGCCUGGGUGGCCGCAAGGACAAGGAGGACAGCAGCGAUGAGGUUGAAGAAGGACGAGGAGCUGUGAGCGAGGGAGAGCCAGAUGCUGGAGACCCCAAGAGAGAGCUUCUGCCCUCUCGGCCCUUGAAUGCACGCCCAGGUCCAGGAAAGAAAGAGGUCCAGGUGUCUCAGUACCGCCACCACCCACUGCGAACCCGGCGACGCCCACCUAAGGGCAUGUACCUGAGCCCUGAGGGCCUCACUGCGGUGUCAGGAAGCCCAGACCUUGCUAACCUCACACUCCGUGGUCUUGACUCCCAGCUCAUCUCUCUCAAGCGCCAGGUGCAGAGCAUGAAGCAGACCAACAGCAGCCUCCGACAAGCCCUGGAGGGUGGCAUUGACCCACUUCGCCCCCCUGAGGCCAAUACCAAGUUCAACUCCCGCUGGACCACAGAUGAGCAGCUUUUGGCUGUGCAAGCCAUCCGUAGAUAUGGCAAAGACUUUGGGGCUAUUGCAGAGGUGAUUGGCAACAAGACUCUGACUCAGGUGAAGACAUUCUUUGUGAGCUACCGGAGACGUUUCAAUCUGGAGGAGGUGCUGCAGGAAUGGGAGGCUGAGCAGGAUGGGGCCCCUGGAGCCCCAGUCCCUAUGGAGGAGGCUAGGAGAGGGGCUCCCUUGCCAGCGCCAGCCCUAGAGGAAGAUGAUGAGGUCCAGAUUACAUCUGUCUCAACAUCUGUGCCUCGAUCGGUGCCCCCUGCACCUGCCCCCCCUCCACUGCCCACCUCACUGUCUCAGCCACCCCCACUGCUGAGGCCACCUCUGCCCACUGCUCCUACUCUGCUUCGACAGCCGCCCCCACUACAGCAGGGCCGCUUCCUGCAGCCCCGGUUGGCCCCCAACCAGCCCCCACCGCCUCUCAUCCGCCCGGCUCUGGCUGCCUCCCGCCACAGUGCUCGCCCUGGGCCUCAGCCCCCACCCACCCUGAUUGGAGCCUCCCUGGAGCCUCCAGCCCCCUCACUCUGAGACCUGGGCUCCUGCACCACCUAGAGGUGCCUGAGCCUCUUUGCUGGACAUCCUUGGGUAUCGUUGGUUUCACUGAGGACAGAAGCGACUAGGGCUCUUACCAGGUCUUUCACAGACCUAGAGCUGCCAGUUAGCACAGCCUGGAGCUGAGGGUGCUGCCUGUUUUCCUGGCAGCUGGGCUGUCUCCCCCUAGCCAGAGGCUGGGGUUCAGGGGCCCUUCUGAGCUGGCCUGAGGGCUGGUUCCUGGCUGGGACUGGAAUGGCUGCCUCCCUGUCUGGGGGCUUGGCCUUUGGGCUUGCCCUGUGUGUGUAGGAGGUAGUGACCUUAGUGUGGGGGUUGGGAGGAGGACAGUUUGGUGUGUUGACUGUCCUUGUUCCCCUUUCCCUCCCUUUUAGCAAUAAGACUGGGGUAAAGUGGGAGGGGAUGGGGGAGGUGGCCAAAGGUUCCUUGAGGCCUGACAGCAGCACAGGCUGGUCAGGAAGCCUGUCUUCAGGACCAGGUGGCAAUGCUGAGGACCUGAGUGUGCCCACUUGCCCCCCCCUCCCCAAGCUUGAAGGGGGAUUGGGAACUUAUGCAGACAUGGGUCUAUUUUUCAACGUUUUUAAAAAAUAAAUACAACCUCCUAAGCUUG